UCUCUCUCUCUCUCUCUCUCUCUCUCUCUUUUUCUUCAUCGUUUUGUAUUAUAAUCUUAUGUUGCGAGUAGCUUCUAUACUCUACCUUGAAAAAAUUUGGUCAAAACCAACCAACAAUGUCUUUACAUCCAAUGAAACAAGUUCUAUUGAAUCCAAUAGCAUAACAGAAGAUGCCCCAUCCUCUUCUUGCAGAAAUGUUGCUCCUUCUAUUCAAUCAAGUCAACAAAUGGACUUGAAAGAACAAGAACUGCACCACCACUAUGAGACAGAAGAUGAAGCUAUAGUCAAGGACAACAUACAAGAAAAUUCUUCUUCUUCAGCGAGAGACAACACAAUCAUCUCCUUGUCAAAUUCAGUUAGCACCAUAGAGAGUGGUGAUGACAGCCCUCGUAUGACAAAUAGCUUAUUUAGUGCUCCUUCUAGCCAUCUAGAGACACCUUUAACUCAAUUUGAAAAACCUUCAAUCAAAAUGGUAUCGUCUCCUCCUGUUCCUCCUGCUAUGCCUGGCAUGGCAAGUGGCAUGAUUCAAUCCGACUGUUUAUACUAUGAUAGCGAUCUUGAUUUGGGCGAACAUCAUCACAAGAACCAAGAGCUCAUCACACCCCCGCCCACGCCUAAAUCUUCUAAACUGUCUCCUAAGCGUAUCUUACACCGUGCCAGAUCAAGUAUCACAGAAGAAUCGGUAAAAAAGAUUGGUCGUAGAACAAGCAUGUUUCUAGAAAGAUUCAAUCCUCAUCAUGAACAAGUUCCUCCUGUUCCUUCUUUGAUCACGAAUACAAGUGACAUCACAGAAAAUUUACCGCCCACGCCUACUUCUCCUCCUUCGUCUCUACAGGUCUUUAGAAGAAAAUCGUCCAAACUGUCAAGCAAAGGAAAAAACUUGUCCAAGAAAAUAAGAAAAGUCAUUUCGUUUCAUCACUAAGAAUUACAUCAUUACCAUUUGUAUAAAAAUCAAGUCAACUUAUAUAUAUAUAUAUGAUACCAAAUAAACACUAUGUAUUUUAAA